AUGUAUAAUAGACAAAAUGAACGAAUUUAUGCUGGUGCACGUGAUGAAGCCGACGAAAAAGGUGGUAUACAUUGUAAAACAAAGUUUUCGACUGGUGUCAUGGUUUGGUUAGGAGUUUGUGAUCAAGGAGUCACAGUGACCGAUAUAUUACCUACGGUAUUAAAAGAUGGUAAAAAAAUGUUAGGCAAUGAAUUCAUCUUUCAACAAGACGGUGCAAAAUCUCAUAUUGCCAAAAACACACAAUUAUGGUGUAAGAAACGAUGGCCAUCAAAUAGUCCAGAUCUUAACCCUAUGGACUAUUGUGUAUGGAAUGAACUUUGUCAACAAAUAAACUGGAAUCGUAUUAUUGAUAAACAAACAUUAAUUCAUGAUAUUAAACAAGAUGUAGAAAAGAUUCCAAUAGAAGUUGUACAUCAGAAUGUGGCUAAUUGGAUAAACCGAAUUUAUCAGAUGUUACAAAUUGAAGGAGAUUAUUUCUUUUGA